AUGAAGUUCCAGGCUAUCAUCCUCUUCUUCGCCGCCACGGCUUUCGCCGGGCAAUGCAGAAGCCGCGGGGAAAAAUUCACCCAAAGCCAUGCCGAGCUUCCCGAAGCCACUGAUAAGAACAACGUAUUCAGUUACUGCCCGAAUGCUGUAGGAUGCUGUACCGAUGGCAGUGUGUGGUAUGCAUGCAAGACUGUAAGCCCUUCCUCUUCCGUAUCUAUGAAACUAGUGUGCUGA